AUGGACGUGCUCAAGCUUGCCGAGGCUGGCGAUGCCGAGGCUCAGUAUCAGAUUGGCUUCUUCUACGACAUUGGCGACACGGACGAGUUCCCCCAGUCCUAUGAGAAGGCUGUCGAGUGGUAUUCCAAGGCUGCGGAGCUGGGCCAUCCCCAGGCCCAGUCCGAACUUGGCCGCUGCUACGCCGAGGCCCUGGGCGUCUCCCAGGACGACGAGCUGGCGCUGCGAUGGUACCGAAAGGCUGCGGAGCAGGACGACGUGAAUGCCCAGGUCAUGGUCGGCGUCUUCAACCUCAAGGGCCGGGGUAUGGACCGACCGUCAUUCGACGAGGCGGCUCUCUGGUUCCAGAAGGCUGCCGAUAACGGCGACGCCGAGGCCCAGCGCCGGCUCGCCUUCCUCUACCUCGAGGGCAAAGGAGUUGCUGGUGACAGAUUGCAGGCCAUCCAGCUCUUUGAGCGUGCGGCUGCCAAUGGCGACGACAUUGCCCUGGUGCAUCUCGGCGAUAUGGUCCUCGAUGAAAGCCCGCUCAAGUCGGGCGACUGCUACGAGAAGGCCGCAAGCCUGGGCAACCGCCUGGCCCAGUACAAGCUCGGCCUGCUCUACCAGAGCGGCCGCGGCCGCGAGAAGGACGUCUCCGAGGCGCUGCGAAUCUUCUUGGAGCUCGAACAGGGCGGCGUCGACUACUCAGGCCUCUGGAGCUUUGGCGAGCUGCUGUCCCAUAUCCACAAAUGCUACGAGAGCCUCGGAAACACCGAAGAGGCGGCCUAUUAUCUCGAGGAGGCCUCGCACUUUUCCCCCAAGUAA